UACACGAGAGUUUGAUCGACUUGGUUUGUUCUAUAUAUCGAUGAACUGUUCGAUGCAAUUGUGCAGCCAUUAUACACUUUCUUCUGGCUCCGAAGAACGAGACUUGCCAUGUCAGAGCAUGAUGAUACAUUGUUGGACGAAGAUCUCGGAGAUGACGAAUACGAUCUUGGUAAUGACGAGGAGGAAGCCCUCCUAGCAGAUGACUAUGAACUAGAGAGGCAGAAUAGCUAUAAGGGAGAAGAGGAAACAGAUGAUGUACUGGACUUAGGAGUCACGGAUGCACUCGACGACUUAGAUGGCGAAGACGAAAAUAUAGAGUUUAGUAGAGGCAAUACUGAUAAACAUAGCGAUAACGAUUUCUAUAAAGAUGGAGGUCAUCCGGAGAAUAUACAGCCAACGUCGUCGUAUUACGAACAUGACGAAAGUGCCGAGUAUGUGAACGAACAUGAAGCACUGCAUCAAACUGACAGAAAUUCGGAAUCCAGCAUUAAUGUAUCCAAUAACAUCGGCAAGGGUGAUUUGCGCGAGAAGUUACAAAAAAGCGGUCAGAAGAACAUUUACGCCGGCAACGGACAGGGAAUGGAGGACGAUGACUGCGAGGAGGCAAAGGAGAGGCGGAACAGAUUUCAAACUGAACGUACAAUGAUUUCUCCAAAGAUGAACAAUGAUAUUCCGGAUACCUUAGAAAAUGUCGUUACAUCGGAACUAUCCAGGGCGCCGUUUCGAGGAAGAGGAAGAGGCCGCGGAACAAGAGGAAGCAGAGGAGGAAGAUUUAUCGUACAGAGUGCUGGAAACUUCAGUCCAAGGUUUGGCGCGCCUCGGCCGGGCAAUUUUGAUAAUCAACCGCCGACAUGUAGACCGCCAUUGUUAGAGAACAGGCCUCCGUGUCUCCUUGGUGUACCAAGUAACGUACAAAAUCAACAGAUAUUGUACCAACAAGCUAAUCCACAACAGCCCUUUCAACAGCCUUUCGGUCCGAAUGGUCCGAUGCAAGGGCCACCGACGCAAUUUGUGGAAAAUCGACCGCAGUUCAAUCCUGGACAGUUCCAGGGUCUUAUGGGGCCUCGUCCGAUCGGUCCGAGGUUGCCCGAGUACAGACCUAGAGGCCCCAUGGGAGGCUCAAUGCAAGGACCAAACUAUAAUUGUCCACCUAAUCAUCCACCGUAUCAUGCGCCAAUGCAGUUUCAAAAUCCAGGCAGCAUUAUGCAAGAGAACCGGCCGAUGCAGGGUAAUCAGGGUCCUCUGCUACAGGGCAAUCCAGGUGGAGGAUCGCUCCUCGGUAACCCGAACAUGUUGUUGCCCGGAAAUCCGCCAAAUAUGCUGCUGCCGGCGGGGAAUGUGCCGAUGCCUAUGCAGGGAUUUCCGCGCCAGCAGCAAGCGUUGCCACCCUCCGCCCAAGGUCCACCCAUGCAAAAUUUACCGCCGAAUGCGCAAAUGCCUAGUCAGCCGCCCUUCGAGAAUAGACUGCCGCCAUCAUUUCAAGAGCCGCAGCAGUUUGAAAGCCGGAACGCGUUCGAUGCGAGGGCCGCGUUUCACCCCGAUCAAGUACCCAAUAGCCAAUUUAAUAAUACGAUGCAACCGGUACCGCAACAGUCAUCGUCUAAUGUAUCACACAGUGUGUCUUUACCUCCAGGCCACAAGAUUCUAAUCAACCCACAUUUUAGAGGCACUGUGCAACCUGCAAAUGAUGCUCGACUUGUUUGGGAUUCUAAUCAAGUCCAACCGCAAACGUCUCACAGCUCACAAUUUUCACAACCCCCGUCGUCAUAUCAGAAUCAAAGACCCUAUAAUCAGCCCCAGCAAGGUCCACCGCAGUACCAACAACAAAAUCAACAAAACUACCAGCCGAACAAAAGUGAUGAUCCAUACGCAUAUUUCUCUGAUGUGUGGCAAGAGAACAGACCACAGAAACCACAAAGUAUGAGCCCGAGUAAGCAUUAUUCUUCGGACAAUAAUUAUUCUCGGGAGAGUAACUACAGUGAUAGUAAUAAAUACAAAUCGGAUAGCCAAUGGGAUCAAAGAAACAGCUAUCAAGAGGAUCACAGAGAAUCUCACCAGAAUUAUCGAGACCGAGAUUUGCCUCUACGAGCAAGAAAUAAUCACAUGCAGAGAAGCAGAACGCCACCGAGCACGUACCGCAAUGAUCCUUACGAUCAGAAUCACAGUCAGAAGUCUUCUAGACUGAUAAAUACCACAUCCCGUGGUGCCAACCGGCCGCCGUCAAAGAGGUUUUCUUCGGAAAGAGAGCUGCAGGAAGCAGGAAGCCCGAAGCGCAGCAAGACGCCUAGUAAUAGAAAUCUUCAAGAAGUGCGAAGAAUAGAUACAUCAAGUGAGACGGUUACUGAGAGAAAGGAUGAAGAUAACGAUCCAGAGAUGCAGGAAUAUCGUAAGAAAAUGGAAGAACAGAAGCGCCUUAGAGAGAAAUUGUUGCGCGAAAAGGAGAAUAGACGUAAAAUGGCUGCAAUGGAAAAGCAAAAUGAAAAUGCAAAAUUUGAUUCGAGUGCUGCAGCGACUGAAAAUACGCAGCAGGAGACAAAGCCUGUAUCAGCGCUGAUAGGAGUCGUAAAGGACGGUGUCACGAUGAAAACUCGUCCUGGUGUUGCUAAAGGACGUGGUCGUCCUAUCAGUACACAGAGUACAGAGGUAGCAGACAGACCGUCUGGUGUACGAAUUGUCAGAACGAUACAAACUAUACAAACCAACGAUUUCUCAGACACGACCAGUUUGAAAGAUAGCAAUUCCGAGCACGCGAUGGGUCAAGUUGGCGAUAUCGUACAAACACGGCAAAUAGUGCAACCGUCUGGCACGCGAAGAGUCGUAAUACAAAAACCUCUGCUGUUAAAUUCACAGAAAGUUGCUACUACAAUACAGAAAACUGUCUCGAAUCUGCAAAAGAAUCAGGGAGUACAGGCGAAGGUGUCUAAUACACAGAUCGUGCAGACUCAAAAAGUGUUACAGAAUCAAGGAAAUGUUUUGCAAAAAUCUACCAUGGGAGCGAAAGCUGCAGCGGCCGGUCAUAGAAUGAUGACGCUUAAAACGCCGAGUGGCCUGCAGAAAACCGUGAUCAACGAUGUUCAGAAGAUAGGAAACGUGCAACAAAAUCCACAGCGAAUUGUACUGCAAAAAUCUGCAAUUCAAGCAAAACGAUUGCCUGAAAUAAAGACAAACACGGUGAAAUUAGAGAAUUUGGCUGCGAGUACGUCUGAGACUCAAAUCAGACGUAUGUGUCAAUCCAUCGGAACUAUUGAGAGCAUACAUAUGGGCGAGGGUAAUGCGACCAUUGUGUUUAAGACACAGUCCGCCGCCAUGGUGUUUCACAAGAAAUACCAGCGUAAAAUGCUCGAUCUAUCGCUGAUAACUGUUCGUCUUGUGCCACAAACCAUGCCCGGCAAUAAAGCGGUAACGGCGAUCGCGAAGAAAUCCUAAAAGGGGAUUUUGAGAUAUCCUUGAUAUAUCCUGCACAUUAAUUUAUCGCGAUCCGUAGACGUUACUUUUUCCUUUUCAAUAGUUCAGGUUUAGUGGACCUAUUUAAUAUAGAUGUUGAAACAUGUAUUUAUAUUUUAUACGUAUAGUAUCCUGAAUAUUCAACACAACUACAGAUAUUUGUAAAUUUUGGAAAGUUAGUUGAACUAGUACAAGCAUAAUGUAAAUGAUAAACUCUCAAAGCAGUUUACAGUUUCAUGCGCUUGUUAUCAUUGAUGAAUACAUUUGUACAUAUAAUAGCAUAUUGUAUAUUUCAUAUAAGAUAAUGUAUAAUGAUGUGCAUAUAAAAUAAACCAAAUCGCAACACAAUAUGCGAGUGUAGAAGCAAGAA